AUAACAAUGUUAGGCAUUGCGGCCGAAAGAUUAACCAUGAGGUUAAGAAAAAUGGCAUUCGGGGCUAUAUUGAGACAAGAGAUCGGAUGGUUUGAUAAGAUAGAGAACAGUACCGGCGCUCUGUGUGCGAGACUCUCAUCAGAUGCGGCCAAUGUUCAGGGCGCGUCGGGUUCUCGUAUGGCAAUUAUAUCGCAAGCGUUUACCACAUUUGUCACGUCAGCGAUUGUGGCCUUUUAUAUCAAUUGGAGACUAAGUGCCGUCACCUCAGCCUUCAUCCCAUUCAUAGUAAUCGGCGGCGCUUUUGCCGCUACUGUUGAUAAUCUGGAAAUGAAAAGCGGUAAAGAGGCGAAUGAGAUGUCAUCGAAGAUAGCGAUGGAAGCGAUCGGUAGUAUUCGUACCGUCGCUUCACUUCAUCAAGAAAUGUAUUUUUUCUCUAAAUAUACGGAUAUACUCGUCAACAAAUUAAAGACUUUUCUUAUCAAACGCAAUGAGUAUACUAUUGUUGGCAUAUUCUGUGGUCUUUAUAUAUGGAGGAAUAUUGAUGACCAANUUAGUUUGGGUUCACAUAAUGCAAGUGUCACUCAAAAGGACAUAGAAGUGGCGGCCAUGGAGUCCAACGCUCACGAAUUUAUCAGUAAAUUACCGGACAAUUACUCGACAUAUGUGGGCGACAGAGGGGCGCAACUGAGUGGAGGCCAAAAACAACGGAUCGCAAUCGCCAGGGCUUUGAUUAAUAAGCCCAAGAUAUUAUUGCUGGACGAGGCGACCUCUGCGCUCGACUUACAAUCCGAAGCGUUAGUCCAGUCGGCACUGGACAAGGCCUCAAAGGGCAGAACCACUAUUAUUGUCGCCCACAGACUGUCAACAAUUGUCAAUUCAGACAGAAUUAUAUUCAUAGAAAACGGACACGUCUUGGAAACGGGAACUCAUAGAGAAUUGAUGAACAAAAAAGGAUUGUAUUUCAAUCUAGUUAUCACACAACAGAUGAGCAGUAAAAACAAGAUAAUUGUUCCCAAAAUCCAGAAUCCUUACGACGACGUGGAUAACGAUCCGAUGUCUUAUAAGCCAGCGAUGUUUAGGUCUAUAAGUGUUAUCAGUAGUUCAGCCAAUUCAGCGCUCAAUAGCAAAAUUCACGACAACAUUGAGCCCGAAGUAGUGGAGGAAGGGCUCAAAAAUUUCUCCCAAACCAGACUCUUAAAAAUGCUUGCAAUCGAUAAAUAUUAUAUAUUUUGUGGGCUUUUUUGUUCGCUGUUGUAUGGAUUUGUUGUUCCCGUUUAUUCCUAUUUAUUUGUCGCUGUCUUCGCUGAAGAGUCAGAUUUAAAUGUGAUUUGGGAUAAGUCUAUGAGUUAUUCUCUCUAUUAUGUUGCCAUAGCUAUUGGAGUGGGAAUUAUUUCCGUCACUCAAAUAACAAUGUUAGGCAUUGCGGCCGAGAGAUUAACCAUGAGGUUAAGAAAAAUGGCAUUCGGGGCUAUAUUGAGACAAGAGAUCGGAUGGUUUGAUAAGAUAGAAAACAGUACCGGCGCUCUGUGUGCGAGACUCUCAUCAGAUGCGGCCAAUGUUCAGGGCGCGUCGGGUUCUCGUAUGGCAAUUAUAUCGCAAGCGUUCACCACAUUUGUCACGUCAGCGAUUGUGGCCUUUUAUAUCAAUUGGAAACUAAGUGCCGUCACCUCAGCCUUCAUCCCCUUCAUAGUAAUCGGCGGCGCUUUUGCCGCUACUGUUGAUAAUCUGGAGAUGAAAAGCGGUAAAGAGGCGAAUGAGAUGUCAUCGAAGAUAGCGAUGGAAGCGAUCGGUAGUAUUCGUACCGUCGCUUCACUUCAUCAAGAAAUGUAUUUCUUCUCUAAAUAUACGGAUAUACUCGUCAACAAAUUAAAAAUUUCUAAACGAAAGUAUUAUUUAAGAGGACUUUUCUUAUCAAACGCAAUGAGUAUACUAUUGUUGGCAUAUUCUGUGGUCUUUAUAUAUGGAGGAAUAUUGAUGACCAAAGGAAGCAUUAAAUCCGGAGAUUUCUUCAUUGUAAUUGAGACUCUCAUAUACGGCGCCUCAUCUGUGGGUCAGAGCACUGUAUUUGCAUCGGACUAUCAGAAGGCAAAGGUUGCGGCCGGAAAUAUGUUUAAAUUGAUUGAUAGACAGCCAAUCAGUGCUACCGAUAGUUGUCUCGUAACAGAGAAACCGGACAAAUGUGAAGGAAAUGUUACAUUCAGGGGCUGUUUCUUUAAUUACCCGAAUAGAUCCGAGGCUCAGAUCUUGAAUGGCUUGACGUUUAAGGUAUCCAAAGGAGAAACAGUGGCGUUAGUGGGCGCGAGUGGUAGCGGCAAAAGUACUACCAUUCAGUUAUUGGAAAAGUUUUACGAUUUAAGUCGUGGAAAGAUUUUUCUGGACGGCAAGAAUAUAAACACAUUGGACACGGAGUGGAUGCGCUCACAAAUGGCUCUCGUCUCUCAAGAGCCCAAUCUAUUCAGUUAUAGUAUCGGCGAAAAUAUCGCUUACGGCGACAAUUCCAGGACAAUAACUAUGGAUCAGAUUACAUCGGAUCGUUAUCCACGUCGUCUUCCCGUUUCCAAGACGUGUCCGUUUUCUAUGAAUAUAAUUCUGUCUGAAUUGACAAUUGUUGACAGUCUGUGGGCGACAAUAAUAGUGGUUCUGCCCUUUGAGGCCUUGUCCAGUGCCGACUGGACUAACGCUUCGGAUUGUAAGUCGAGCGCAGAGGUCGCCUCGUCCAGCAAUAAUAUCUUGGGCUUAUUAAUCAAAGCCCUGGCGAUUGCGAUCCGUUGUUUUUGGCCUCCACUCAGUUGCGCCCCUCUGUCGCCCACAUAUGUCGAUGUCGAAGAGCACCGGUUCCUGACCGACGACACCGAUCUGUUCCCUAAGCCAUCCCAGAUUCAACACCGGUUCCUGACCGACGACACCGAUCUGUUCCCUAAGCCAUCCCAGAUUCAAGUCUUUAAUAUCGUGUCCGUCUAUGAAAACGCCUCCCGAUAUGGGGUCAUAAAAUCGCUGAAUGAGUUGAAUUAG